CUCGUCAAAACUCCCAGAAACAUCAAGCUUCUUAACAAAGCACCUUCAACCCCUUUAACCCUUUAAAACCCCAUAUCCUCGACUGCUGUCUACCCCGCUACCCCGCGACAACCACCCCGCCAAAUCUAAACAAACUCUUACAAGAGGACCAAGGCACCGAACCUUGGUCACUACAGUCGUCAAGACGUUUUCCAAUCUCCUUAACUCGACGCACCACCCGUUCGCAGGAGCCCGCUGCUCAGCCGAUUCCGGAGGCUCAGCGGACUCGACCUUUGAACAGUAAAGGUCGAAAUCAAAAUCUGAACCCGUCCAAUCUACGCAAAUCGCAAACUUCCACGUCAAGAACCAUUCGCUCACCAUGGCUCCUCACGCGGAAGUCGGCACGGGCUCCUCGAACGGGGCUUACACCAACGGCCGAGGCUCUUCGGCCAACCAGGACCUCUUCACCGUCAACUCCCCCAAUGUCACCUACACUGAUGCGGAAAUUCGUUCCAAGUACACCUACCGCACCACUAAAGUCGACGUUGACGCCAAUGGCAAGUAUGUUGCUACUCCCAAUGAGACCCUCUACGAUUUCAAGGUCGACCGCAAGAUUCCCAAGGUCGGCAUGAUGCUGGUCGGUUGGGGCGGCAACAACGGAACCACCGUCACCGCCGGCAUCCUCGCCAACCGCCGCCAGCUCUCCUGGGAGACCAAGGAGGGUCCUCGCGAGUCCAACUACUAUGGUUCCGUUGUCAUGAGCUCGACCCUCAAGCUCGGCACUGAUGCCAAGACCCACCAGGAAGUCAACAUCCCCUUCCACAACAUCUUGCCCAUGGUUCACCCCAAUGACCUCGUCAUCGGCGGUUGGGACAUUAGCAAGAUGAACCUGGCUCAGGCCAUGGACCGCGCUCAGGUCCUUGAGCCUACCCUCAAGGCCCAGGUUAAGAAGGAGAUGACCGAGAUGGUUCCUCUUCCCUCCAUCUACUACCCUGACUUCAUUGCUGCCAACCAGGAGGAUCGCGCCGACAACGUCCUCGAGGGUACCAAGGCUUCCAUGGCUCACGUUGAGCAGCUCCGCAAGGACAUCCGUGACUUCAAGGCCAAGAACGGCCUUGACAAGGUCAUUGUCAUGUGGACUGCCAACACUGAGCGAUAUGCCGACCUCAUCCAGGGUGUCAACGACACGGCCGACAACCUUCUCAAGGCUAUUGAGCAGGGUCACGAGGAGGUUGCUCCCUCGACCGUCUUUGCUGUCGCCUGUAUCCUCGAGGGCGCCCCCUUCAUCAACGGUUCUCCCCAGAACACCUUUGUCCCUGGUGCCAUUGAGCUUGCCGAGAAGCACAACGCCUUCAUUGGUGGUGAUGACUUCAAGUCUGGCCAGACCAAGAUGAAGUCGGCCCUUGUUGACUUCCUGAUCAACGCCGGUAUCAAGUUGACCUCUAUUGCCAGUUACAACCAUCUUGGCAAUAAUGAUGGCAAGAACCUGAGCUCCCAGAAGCAGUUCCGCUCCAAGGAGAUUUCCAAGUCCAAUGUCGUCGACGACAUGGUCGAGGCUAACCACGUGCUGUACAAGAAGGGUGAGCAUCCCGACCACUGCGUUGUGAUCAAGUACAUGCCCGCGGUUGCCGACAACAAGCGUGCACUCGAUGAGUACUACGCUGAGAUUUUCAUGGGUGGCCACCAGACCAUUUCGAUGUUCAACAUCUGCGAGGACUCUCUCCUUGCUUCUCCCCUGAUCAUUGACCUGGUCAUCAUCGCUGAGAUGAUGUCUCGUAUCCAGUGGAAGUCUGCCUCCACCGACGGAGCCGCCACCACUGAGUACAAGAGCUUCCACAGCGUCCUGAGUGUGCUCAGCUACAUGCUCAAGGCUCCUCUGACUCCUCCCGGCACCCCGGUUGUCAACGCUCUUGCCAAGCAGCGCGCGGCUUUGACCAACAUCUUCCGCGCCUGUGUCGGUCUUGAGCCCGAGUCUGACAUGACCCUUGAGCACAAGCUCUUCUAAGCAUUGCAUGCUCAAUUGAUUCAAUUGCUUUUAGACAGAAUGAAAGAGGAGGAUAUAGGACAGUCAUUACUGAAAGAGACAACAUAAAAGAACCAAAAAAAAGGAGGAGAGACAAGUAUCAACUACAUAUUCAUAGGCUCCUAAAUUGAACAUGUCCGUUCUUCUCAUGCC